GUGAGUGGGGGAACCUAUACAUACAGUGCGAUGAGCGCAGCAGCCAAACAAGCAGUGAGUCAUGCAGGAAAGAGUCUGGGUAAGAACGUGAAGGAAUUGAGACUGCAUUUGUGUCAGACAAGUGCUUCCAGUGGGGGAGUGAGACAGUUUGUGGAGCGGGACUAUGUGGCUUUGAAGGUGGCCAAUCCUCACCUGCCAAUCAUGGUCAGAGAGUGCAGUGGGGUGGUGCCUAGAGUAUACGCCAGAUACACUUUGGGAGUUGAAAGAUCAGUAGACCUGACAGACUUCAAUGCGAAUCAAGUGCUGAGCAGCAUCGAAAACCUAGCCAAGAAAGUCUGAAGUGGAAGUUUCAUUUUAAAAAACCUAUAUAAACUGAUUCUUUUGCAAAUAGAUUAUUUUCUCAAAUGGCCGUUUUGUGAGUUGAU